UUUUAUUAAAACAUAUGCCUCGUUCAAGUAAAGUGUCAAACAGAUCCUUUUCACAUGGAAAACAAGGAUAAUUAAAUGAACCUAUUAUUAUUACAUUACAAAAGGAGAUUGAUAAUUACACUAGGAAAGUAGAAAUUGAAAGAAGGUUUCAUUUAACAGAUUUAUUAUUUUAGAAAACUUUUUAAUUUAGAACAAUAACACAGAUAACUCUAAGAAGAAGUUAAAAAUAAAAUAUAAUCAGUGAAAAAAUUGAAAAUGGAUUCCAUAAAAAAAGUUUUAAACAAAGAUCAGGCAGAAUCAAAAAGUCUAUAAUUUUAAAUUGAUUAAGUAAAAAAGUUAUAUUAAUUUAGUUUGAUAAAAAAUUAUGUAAAUCUGUUGCAAAUAUUGAAAUUAUGAAAUAAAAUAUUGAUAUAAUAAGAAAAGAACGCAAUUAACUAUUAUAAGCAAUGAAAGAAAUUGAAUAGUCUCAUGAAUAAAUUCAUAAUAAAUUAAAAUCCACACAAAAAGAGGCUAAAGAAAAGGUUCAAGAUGCUUGUAAUAUAUAGAAAUAUAAAUAGAAAUUACCUAAUAAUAAAUGUUUGAUUUGAAAACAAAGAAUGAAAUUGACAAAAGUGAAUUUUAAGAAAAGUUUGAUAAACUAAAAGCUGAAUUAAAAGAGAAAUAGGAUAAAUAAAAUGAAAAAGAUAAAAUAUCAAAAACCAAUAGACUCAAAACAGUAAAUUAUUCUACAUUUGAUACAGGAACUUUAUUAAAAAGAAGAUUAUAAAGGAUUAUUGCAAAUAAUAAAGAAAAAGUUAAAAUGAUAGAUACUUAUCAAAGAAAUAUGAGAAUUAUAGAUGAAGCAUUUAACUAAAUUAAAGAAGCUACUGGAUUAACUGAUAUAGAAGAAAUAAAAAAUAACUUUAUAAAGAGUGAAGAGUAGAAUUAUUCUUUGUGGACAUAUGUAGAUGUUCUAAAUUAAGAAACAGAUGCUUUAGAAGAUGCUAAUGAAGAAUUGAAAGAAAAAUGUGAAUUAUAAGAAAAAGAAAAUAUAGAGAGGUAGAGAAUUUUAUAAGCAACUCCAGAUGGUGAAAGAAAGAGAAAAUAAAUAUAAAAGAUAAUUGAUUAAAAGUAAAAAUUGUAAACUAUCAAAGGUAAAAUGAGAUUGAUCAAUUUACUAAUAAAUUAUCUUAAAUUUAACCAAUUAUAGAAAAUAUAUUACAAAAAAUGAUUAAAACUAAGUUUAACUUGGAUCCAACUAGAGCUUAUACAUUCUAAGGUGGAUUUCAAUUAAAUGAAUCUAAUAUUGAUCAAUAUUUAGGUAAAUAUUUUAUCAAUUUAUUUAUAGCCGAAUUGGAAGGCUAUAUAAAUAUGUUAGUAUUAUUUAAAUCAAAUAAAAAUACAAUAGAAGACAAAUAAAAAAAAUUUAUUACUGGUUUAUUAUUAGAAGAAAUACCAACUAAAGAAUUUAAAUCUAAAUAGUUAAAUUAAUCAUCUGUUUUACCAUCAUAGGGAAAUGAAGAAGGUUAAGACUUCUAAAAGUUUCUAAAUUAUAAUGAAUUUCAUGAAAUGGCUAAAUAAGCUCUAAAAGAAGUUGAUGGUUAAAGUAUUUAAUUGUAUUAUUUCAUAUAGAUUUUGCAUCAACAAAGAAGAAUAAAAAAUGA